GAGGCGCGGCCUUGUUCAGAACGCCUGCCGAUCGUUGUUCAUUCAACAUGGCAGCGGGACCAAUUUCAGAAAGAAAUCAAGAUGCCACAGUGUAUGUUGGUGGCUUGGACGAGAAGGUGUCAGAACCGCUGCUAUGGGAGCUCUUCCUGCAGGCUGGUCCUGUUGUCAACACACACAUGCCUAAAGACAGGGUCACUGGACAACAUCAGGGUUAUGGCUUUGUAGAGUUCCUCAGUGAGGAGGAUGCAGACUACGCCAUCAAAAUUAUGAAUAUGAUAAAGCUCUAUGGCAAACCAAUUAGGGUCAACAAGGCGUCUGCCCACAAUAAAAACCUUGAUGUCGGUGCCAACAUCUUCAUCGGUAAUCUAGAUCCUGAGAUUGAUGAGAAACUCCUUUAUGACACGUUCAGCGCCUUUGGUGUGAUCCUCCAAACACCAAAGAUCAUGAGAGACCCAGACACCGGCAACUCCAAGGGUUACGCCUUCAUCAAUUUUGCCAGCUUUGACGCAUCGGAUGCCGCCAUUGAAGCAAUGAAUGGGCAGUACCUCUGCAACAGGCCCAUCACAGUGUCGUAUGCCUUCAAGAAGGAUUCCAAAGGAGAGCGACAUGGCUCGGCAGCAGAGCGACUCUUGGCUGCACAGAACCCUCUCUCACAGGCCGACAGGCCUCAUCAGCUGUUUGCAGAUGCUCCGCCACCACCAAGUGCUCCAACACCAGUCCUUACAGCUCUUGGAAGCGCAAUGCCCAUGCCAGGUAUGCCACCCCCUGGUUUCCCUCCUGUUCCUCCUCCUGGGUCUAUGCCUCCAGCUAUGCCUCCUGCUAUGCCCAUGCCUCCAAAUGCAGGAGGACCGGGUCCACAGCCUGGCGGUGGUGGGCCUCCACCUGCACCACCCCCCUUCCCUCCUGGUAGCAUGCAUCCAGGAAUGCCUCAGAUGCCCAUGCCCCCUCCAGCUCCUCCCGGCAUGGUGCCUCCGCCUCCUGCUCCUCCAGGAUCAAAUCAAGCACGAGCACCACCACCCCCUGGCAUGCCCCCACCUCCACCUAUGGGCAUGCCACCCAGAGCUCCAUAUGGACCUCCCACGGGUCCACCUGUGCCUCCAGGUAUAAGAGGUCCCCCUCCCCCUAUGCCUCCACCUGGUUAUGGUGCUGGUCCUCCUCGUCCUCCUCCGUUUGGUUUCCAGAGAGGUCCUCCAAUGCCUCCAAGGCCCCCCGGUAUCCCUCCGCGUGUUCCCGUGAGAGCACCAAUGCCCCCUUAAUCCACCUUCGACUGCAGACACUCGUUUAGCUUUUCUUUUCUUUUUUACAUCUUAAAAUCAGCUUGUGUUUGUUUAAAGUUUUUUUUGUCAAUGUACAGAUAAAGACAAAU